AUGAAGAAGCGCGCCGCAGAGGCGCGCCCGAACCUCCUCGCCGACGAGCGCGACGACCUCGUCGUCCUCCAGCUCUCGCUCCGCCGCGUCCCGGCCUCGCGCAGCACCAGGCCUCGCCUCCUCCCGCUGCCGCAUCCCGUCGUCGGGCACGACGUCUGCGUCAUCUCGGACGAUCGCCCCAAGUCGGGGUCCCCUUCCGCGUCCGACCUCCUCCACGCGUCCAAGCUCCCCGUCUCCGAGGUCAUCCCGCUAUCCACACUCCGCACGGACUACCGUCCCUACGAGUCGCGGCGCCGCCUCGCGGCCUCCCACGCCCUCUUCGUCGCCGACCGCGCCAUCCUCCCGCUGCUGCCGCGCGUCCUCGGGAAGGCCUUCUACUCCACCAACAAGGCUCCGAUUGGAGUCGAUUUCACCCGCGUUGAUGGCCGGAGCAGGCUGGACAUGGAGGAAGAGGAGAUCGUGGACAAUGUGAUGGCCGCGGUGGAGGCGGCUGUCGAGAAGGUGCCAAAGAUGUGGGCCAACGUUAGGGCGCUGCAUCUCAAGGCUGUGGAUUCAGUUGCCCUACCAAUUUACCAGGUUGUGCCAGAGUUGGGUAUGAAAAUUGUUGGAUCUGGGGAGGUUAGCACUGUGGCUUCUGCUGAUGACAGCCAGAAGGUUGGCAAGAAGGGAGACAAGGGCAAGCGUCGUUGGGAAAAUGAAAACAAGGUGAAAGAAGCCAGUUUGGACAAGAAGAAGAUUAAGAAGGGGAAGACUGAGGAGGGGGAAGAAGAAGAAGAGCAUGAAGGUUUCCUCUGA